CACUUCUCGAACCCUCGACACACGCUUCUCCUUCGUUCAACUCGUUCCUUUAAUUUAUUGGUUUCUCUUGCGUUGAGACAGGCGGCUUUUGGCACCGCAGCGCGGCUUCUCAAUGCCAUGAAAGCCGAGUCAAUCCGCCCAAAUCUCGAAACUUGGAAAUUAACUGUCAGGUGGUUGGUACGGACUGGCAGAUGGGACGAGGCUUUGAAGCGUGUUGAACGUGUUAUGAGAAGAGAGCAAUGGCCAGAAGAAUUGGGACUACGAUCUGGGCAUCAGGGCGGGCUACCAUUGCCGUUGUGGAUGGAGUUUUUCGGUUCUCUGAAACGCGGUGCUCUGCGACGGUGGAUAAAAAUUCCACAACGGCGAGGCGAACCUGGAUGGAGGACUGCGAGCUUCAGAUGCGUGAUCUUGCGAGCGUCCACGGUAUCUAGCUCAGCGCAGGUUGACCGCUAUCGUUCUCUCACGAAUAUGUUUCCACUCGUUGCCUCGCCCGAAUAUUCUCAGCUGCCACCAAGGGCCGUCUUUUUCAUCGUGGAGGCCAUGAUUCAGUUGGGAAACCGUGGCAAGGCGCUCGAGGCCACUUCAUUAUAUUUCCAAUCGCUCCCCAGGAGACUCAGCCAUAGACAGCAGCACACAGUGCUGGAUAUUAUUCACCUGCACAUCAGGGCUGUAACAGAGAAAUCAGGACUUCCCCGACAUUACGCCCAACGUCGUGUCAUGGCCCAUUUACUUUCAGCUCACCCUGGGAUCCGACCAUCGUCAAAGACACUGCUUCUAACCCUUGCAAGUCUCCGGUCUUGCAAGCUGUGCGGGACUCUCGCCUUCAAGUGCCUCAAAACAUUUCGCACGCGGUGGGGUCCGCGCACAGAAUCCAGUGUCGUCAGGCGGCGGAUCGCCAGUCUUUCCAUCAAAGAAGGACGUCUUGAUAUCGCCGCGGUUAUGCUCGAAUCUGAGCGAACACUUCGCUCGCAGAAGCAAUCAUGGCGAACGCAACGGGACAUUACGGGAGGGCCAUCCCCUCGGGCGUUCACCAGGUUACUCAGGCGGCCAACUGUGAAGAUUUUUCAUGGAAGGGGAGCUGAGAAUCGGAAAUGGCAGGCAUUGGAGAGGAAGCUUUCAACGUUGAAGCAAAGAAGAGUCGAUGAUUGUGCAGUGACGUACCCAGUAGCUUAGUCGUUGUAGAACUCCGAGGCGAAGCCAAUGCACCCAUACAUAGAGAUGGUAAAGCCCACCAACGAACUGGCA